AUGAACAGAUGCAUACGUACAGUAGUAAUAGCGCACCAAUCACAAAGCGGGAAACGGUAUGUGACUUCUGAUUGGUUGGCAGCUGCCUACCUCGAUUAGUAUAAAAGCGGUGCAGUUCUGGUUCGGGCAUCAUUCUUUACUUGUUCGAAGAAGAACGUUCUUUAUAGUUUUUCACUUUUGUGUAAACAAUCGCUGAACGAGAAGAUGUCUGGACGUGGAAAAGGUGGAAAAAUCAAGGGAAAGGCAAAGUCUCGCUCGAACAGAGCAGGUUUGCAAUUCCCUGUUGGUCGUAUUCAUAGACUGCUUCGCAAAGGAAAUUAUGCUGAGCGAGUUGGUGCUGGUGCACCAGUUUAUUUGGCAGCUGUCAUGGAAUAUCUAGCUGCUGAAGUAUUGGAAUUGGCUGGCAACGCAGCCAGAGACAAUAAGAAGACUAGAAUCAUUCCUAGACAUUUGCAACUGGCCAUCAGGAAUGACGAGGAGUUGAACAAAUUACUUUCUGGAGUAACCAUCGCCCAAGGUGGUGUCUUACCAAACAUUCAAGCUGUUCUAUUGCCCAAGAAAACCGAAAAGAAGGCAUAA